UACUCGGCCGGCAACUCUGAUGGCCGAUUUACACGCUCCCGCUCGGCGCGGGACUGUGCUCAUUCGAAGGUCGUCGCCUUGGCAACUCGUUUGACGACCGACAGCGGUUGUGUGCAGUGUGCUGCUGCUGCCUUAUCGGGAAUGUGUUGGCUGCUGAUGUUUUGACUCUACUAGGAGAUGAUUGGCCCUUUCUUUUAGGAUACACACAGCCCCGCUGGCCAAAACCGAAAAAAACCAGCACAUGGAAAAAUAAAAGGACAAAAUAGACAUUCCACUUGCUGUUGCUGCUGCGGUGAAUCUGCUGCAAGAUCGGAACAAACGCUCUUUUUCUACUGGAAGCUUCAAACAUCUGCGCAACGGCGACCAAAGUGCCAGCCGAGAACAAACAAUCCCGCCAUCGUUCAUCUCCUAUUAGAAUUCGUCGACCGCGCCCUCAACGCGCCUGCCAACAGUUGAGAUUUUAAUUCGGUUCUCACAAUUUUCAAAAAAUGUCGAGAGAAAAAACGGACGCCGACGAGCAGGAAAAGGAGCCGAUGAACGUCGGAGACGUCCAGGAAUCUCCUGAUGACCAUCGGGUUGUGAUGGAGAGGCAGCUGGGCCUGUUGGACGGAGUGGCCAUGAUCGUCGGAACGAUCGUCGGCUCCGGCAUCUUCAUCAGUCCCAAAGGCGUCCUCCUCUCGGCCGGCUCUUCCGGAUUGUCCAUCAUCAUCUGGACGCUGUGCGGGUUCGUCUCCUUCGUCGGGGCCAUCUGCUACGCCGAGCUGGGCACGAUGAUCGACCGAUCGGGCGGCAACUACGCCUACCUGAGCGAGGCCUACGGACCCCUACCGUCCUUCAUGUUCCUCUGGGCCUCGCUGCUCAUUUUCAUUCCCGUCACCAACGCCAUCAACGCUCUGGCCUUUGCCAAUUACCUGCUCCUGCCGCUGUGGGGCACUUGCCUUCCGUCGGAAUUCGCCGUCCGGCUGGUGGCCGCCUUCGCCAUCGCCUCCCUGUGCCUCAUCAACUGCUGGAACGUCAACUGGUCGGCCAAAUUGAGAAGCGUCUUUCUGGUGGCCAAAGUGGCCGCUCUGGCCCUGGUCAUCGUCACCGGCAUCGCUUUUUACUUUGUCCAGGGACAAACUACACGCGGAUUCCAGGAGCCGUUCGCCACAACGUCGACCGAUCCCAGUUUGAUCGCCUUGUCGUUCUACUCCGGCCUUUUUUCUUACGGCGGAUGGAAUUGUUUGAAUUUUGUGGUGGAAGAGCUGAAAGAUCCUUACAAGAAUUUGCCAAGGGCCAUCGGCAUUUCUAUGCCAAUCAUCACACUCGUUUACGCCAUGGCCAAUGUGGCCUAUCUCAUCGUUUUGACUCCCGAGGAAUUACUUUCGUCCAACGCGGUGGCUGUGACUUUUGGCGAGCGAGUCUACGGAUCCCUAACGUGGAUCGUGCAAAUCCUUGUGGCCAUGUCAGCACUGGGCUCUCUGCACUGCAACAUUUUCAGCUCGUCUCGAAUCUUCUUCGUCGGAGCUCGAAACGGCCACCUGCCCGGCGCUUUGGCCCUCAUUAGUCUCAAGAAUUUGACGCCCAUUCCUGCCAUUAUUUUUAUUGGAGGAUUGGCGAUCACCAUGUUGAUCGUUGGUGACGUAUACGUCCUUAUUAAUUACGUCAUGUUCACCGAUUCCGCAUUCCUAUUGGCCACCGUCUCCGGAUUGUUGUGGCUUAGGUGGAAAAGGCCCGACGCUGUCCGACCAAUUAAAGUGAAUCUUGCCUACCCGAUAGCUUUCAUGGUGGUGUCCGUCUUUCUGGUCUGCCUGCCCAUCAUUUCAAAUCCGGUUGGCGCCAUAACGGCUAUCGCAAUUACCGCAACUGCCAUACCAAUCUUCUGCUUCUGUAUAGCGUUUAAGCGCAAACCCACAUGGAUCUCAUCUAGCAAUAGAAAAUUCACCGCUGCGUGUCAAAAAGUAUUUCUGGCCGUGCCGGAAGUUGCCAACGAUAAGCAGUACUAGUUCAUCAAUCAUCACGCACAUAAUAUCCAAAUCAGUAUACAUGAUAACAAUUUUUAUAUUUGCCAAUCAGUCAUUAACACGAACAUGUUGAAUUUUGUAAAGAUUUUCGAGCUUACAAGUGUUUUGAAACCAAGUAGAGCUUAUUACUUGAUUGUCUAAUAAUGUAGUGAUCAAUUCAUCACAGCUAUAAUGGGGAUAAAGCCGACUGAAUGAGGAAAUAGCCAAUUUUGUCAAAUGUCGUACACAAGUAUAUUUCUAUUCACGAAUACACAUACCAUUUUUGAGGCCUUACAA